AUGGAAUGCGACGAAGAUGAAAUCCUCGCUCGUGCUUUUCAAGCGAGUAUACAGUUGCAUGAAGAGCACCAGAGAAACGUGGAAGAUGCAGCAAUAUCCGAACUGGAGGAGGAGGAGAGGGUAUUGCGUGAAUCUGAGGCCGCGGCUGCAGAGGCCCAGCGCACCAGACAAGGUGAAGAAGAACUGCUCCAGCUGAUUCUUGAGAGAAGCGUUGCGGAUGCCGACGAGGGCAGGGUUCGAAGGAGGAGGAUGGCGGAGGACGAACGUGCGAGGCUGGAUCGGCUGUUUGGGUCAGGAAGGAGCUGGGGUAUGGAUCGAGAAAGUCUAUUGUCCGCUCAGGAGGAAGAGAGAAUUGACCGCGUUCUGCGAGAUGACGACCCUUUAUAUGCUGAACCGGAAGAAUAUGAGCGCUCAAGCGUUCGCCGUGAGUCAACAACAGAUCCUACCUCCGCGCAUCCACGACCUCGAUCGGGUGCCCCUAGACGGCGGAGGCCUCGAAGACUCCUCAUCGGCAGCCUACGGCCGCCAGCGGCUGCCAUAGCUCGACGCAACACUUCACCAGCAGCACAAACACGCUCUUCCCGCAGCACACAAGCAUCUGAGCCAGCACCAAGAUAUGACCACUGUACAAGAUACCGUCCACCCCGGGCCUCAGCGGACGCUCCUAGCAGCACUAGCAGCACUAGCAGCAUUAGCCGCAGCCGCAGCGGUAGAACGCACAGAAGAUCCCACCGAGACCCUCUCUCCCCCAUAGCUACCUACUCCCUCGACGAGGUCCUCGUCCGCAGCCGCCACGACUCCUUCCCCACGGGCCUUACCAGCGCAGCCGUCGAGGAGCUCAACCACGCGGAAAUGCAAGCAGCCAUAAACGAGUCCGCUGGCGGCAGGUGCCGCGACGAGGACGAAGAAGCCAUCCGGCGCAACCGCGGCGUCCCGACGUAUACGGAGGCUGUUUACAUGAAGCGCUAUGGGGCACCGAGGGGGCGGAGGUAUGUGUUUCAGGGGCCUAGUUCUGUGACUUUUGAGGGGGAAGGGGGGGGAAUGGUGCGGUGGGAGAUUGUGGGGGAUAUGGAUUUGGGGGAGGCGCUUAGGGCUGCUAAUCGGAAUGUCCUGUAA